GAACUCUUUUGAACUCUCUCCGCCACCGUCGCCGAGUCCUCAGGGCUUCCUCUCUUUCUACGCCUGCGCGCUGCCCGAGGCCGUCCAUUUCCGCGUAGGUUAGGAGGGUCGUUGGUGUCGGGGAUAAGAAUUACCAUGGCUUCCAGUGCUUUGACGAAACCUCAGAUGCGCGGCCUUUUGGCCAAGCGCCUGCGAUUUCAUAUUGUUGGAGCAUUCAUUGUAUCCCUGGGGGUUGCAGCUUUCUAUAAGUUUGCAGUGGCUGAACCAAGAAAGAAGGCGUAUGCAGAUUUCUACAGAAAUUAUGAUUCCAUGAAAGAUUUUGAGGAGAUGAGGAAGGCUGGUAUCUUUCAGAGUGCAAAAUGAUUUUGGAAUGUGAAGAAUUUCUUUGGGUCGCAUUCCAUGGAAGUUUUUUACUGACCUGUGUUCCUGAAGUAUGCAACCUGAAUAAUUGGGGUAAAGAAUAGUUCCCCUUGAUAAAUAAAGUUAAUAUACACUGUG